AUGGUAUAUUUUACCCUUGUCGACCAUAAUAUAAAUUAUGGUAUUUUGGUAACAAUUGUACCAUUGGCUGCAUUUGGACUUCUGUAUGGACAAUUUCUAUCUUCCAUAGGGGAUGAAACGACUGGCACUACUUUAUCUAACGGAGCAUUCAAUACCGUUCAGUCAUUCACAGGUUUAGCUACAAGCUUCCUUUUGAAAAAAUUCAGUUAUCGAAAAGUUGGAUUGGCUGGAGCUAUAUUUUUCUCAUUGGGGGCCUUUUCUACUAUAUUUGUUGAAAAUUUGAGUCAACUUAUUGUCACAUUUGGAAUCUUGGAAGGGCUUGGUUUUGGUUUGAUGUAUCCUGCUGUUGUCUCAGCUAUCAACAGUUAUUUUGAAAUUCGCCUGAACCUCAUGAUGGGGAUAGCACAAACAUUCAUCACCGUCGGUAGUAUAGUUUGUCCCCCGUCCAUUGCAUUUCUAAGUGAAAGUAUUGGAUUCAGAAAUACGUUGACUGUGCUGGCUGGGUUGACACUGCUGAAUUUUGCGGCUAUGGGAGUACUUCAACCUGUUAAAUGGCACAUGAAAAAAGUUCCAACUGGGAUAAACAAAAGACCAGAUAGAAUUCCACUCGAUGCUAUUCCGUCUAGAGAUCUGUCAGAUGCUACAGUAGAACGGUUGUUGAACUCUAAGACAGAUAGUCCAAAAAUUGUAGGAAGUGAUAAAAAACAAAAUGUGAAAAUUCUUGAUUUUGGUUUAUUGAAGGAUCCGAAAUAUCUCAACAUGUCCAUCGGAUUGUCACUGUGCUUCACCGCUGACCUGGCAUUCGUUUCUAUCAUCCGUAUGAUACUCAACAACUUAAAUUUUGAUUCAGUUGACAUAACAGUCAUGAUGAUGGUUUACUUUACAUCUGAUCUCAUUUCUAGAAUUGCUUUUUCAGUUGUGAGUUACUUCUGUACUGUAAAAAAUCGAUAUGUAUUUUUGACAGGAUCGACUUUAACUGCAAUUUUUCGUAUUGUAUUCAUCUUUCGUGACGAUUAUACGUGGAAAAUUGUGAACCUCGGAAUUUUGGGAUUUCUGAGAUGUUUUAUCCAAACUCCUUUGGCUUUGGUGAUAUCUGAGGAAUACAAAGAUAACUUUUCAACAGCUCUGUCACUAUUCAUGGUGGUUUCUGGAACUGUUAGCCUAGCAUUUGGUCCUUUAAUGAGUUAUGUCAAGGCCAUCACACAUAGUGAUGCGAUGGUUAUUCAUGUACUGACUAUGGCAUAUUUAAUCUGCAGCAUUUCAUGGAUCGUAGAACUCGUCUACAAAAAAAUUAAAGAAAGACGAAAAACUUAAGGACUGAAGUUUUACUUCCUUGUCAGACAAUAGUAAUAUCAUUCUGUAUCUAUUAUUCCCUGAGCGAAUGCCAUUUUUGAAAUAAAAUACUUAUUUAUUUCCA